GUCCGCUGGUGUGAUGUGAACUACACAUGCAAGACGUUGCGUCCUAUUGUGAAUAAUGCAGGCUUUCGAUGUCUGGAUCCUCAUUCAAAUGAGGGAAACAUCAGUUGUGUUUGGAGAUACGGAGAUCACCUCUGCCAAUGGCACGCAGAAAGGUACCUUCAGAGACGGAGAGUAUGAGGGUAACAGCUACUGAAUGAAUUAUGGACACAAUAAUAUGGAUGUUCCUGGACAGACCAAAGAACAUUAGUCAUUGAGCAUGACUGUUUCAUACUGCUAAAAAAGCCCUGACCUCCAUCUGAAAACACAUUGGUGAUCAUUUCCAAGGAUUAAUGGCACGUUAUCCAUCCAGCUUGCAUUUGCUCUUGUAGCUAUGACUUUAUGUCCUUGACUUGCAUGUACAGCUCUCAGAGAGGCUACAGGACUAGCCAUGAAACGAGGUAGAGAUUUGUGACACGUCAGUCCUACCAUGCUAGAACAGGGUGGGCUACAGUGUUAUGAUCACAACAUAACACAUGAAAGCUAAAAAGAAACCUCUGGCCCCCUUAGUCUUAUCCUUAAGUAUGGCUUGAGUUGGGUCCUUAGGAAGCUCAGCCAAUCUUAAUGAUUAUAUUAGUCUUUGAUGAACCAAAGAGACCAUGUGUAACAUUUCAACCUCGUGCAAUGUUGACUCGAACAUUGACCAGUUCUUCCAGCCAGCGCUGUAUAUUAUUAUCAUCAUUCUUGGCUUCCCCACCAACUGUAUGGCCCUGUGGGCUGCUUACAUGCAGGUCAAACAGAAGAAUGAGCUGGGCGUCUACUUGAUGAACCUCUGUGUGGCUGACCUCUUGUACAUAGCCACGUUGCCACUGUGGAUAGACUAUUUUCUUCACCAUGACAACUGGAUCCACGGCCAGGUGUCAUGCAAGCUCUUUGGAUUCAUCUUCUACACUAACAUUUACGUCAGCAUUGCCUUCCUUUGCUGCAUAUCAAUGGAUCGGUAUUUGGCAGUAGCUCAUCCCCUUAAAUUCGCCAAAGUUCGUAGGGUCAAAACAGCUUUGCUAGUCAGCGCGGUUGUCUGGGUCACGGAAGUAGUGGCUAACUCUGCACCUCUCUUCCAUGAUGAACUCUUCAAGGAUCGCUUCAACCACACCUUCUGCUUUGAGAAGUACCCCAUGCAGGACUGGGUGGCUGGUAUGAACCUGUACCGCACUUUCCUGGGCUUCUUGGCACCCUGGAGUGUGAUGCUGGCCGCAUAUAGAGGUAUUCUGAGAGCUGUGCGAGGUAACGUCUCCACCGAGCGACAAGAGAAGGCCAAAAUUAAGAGGCUGGCCCUCAGUUUGAUCCUCAUUGUCCUCCUCUGCUUUGCUCCCUACCACGUCCUACUUUUGUGGCGAAGUGUGGUCUUCCUCAGCAACCCCUGUGACUGUGGUGCAGAGGAGGACUUGUUUGGUGCAUAUCAUGUGACUCUAGCGCUCACCAGCCUCAAUUGCGUGGCAGACCCUAUACUAUACUGUUUUGUCAACGAAGGGGCCCGUCAUGAUGUGGGUCGGGCCCUUGCCACCCUUUUGGGUCUCUUCCAUCGGGGUCAAAAAGAUGCACUGAUGGGGGCGUCCAUCACCGUAGAGACACCCCUGGCAAUGAAGAAACCCGAUUUCUAUGGUGAGGUCAAGAGUAAUGCCUAUAAGUCUGAAAUUAAAGUGCUCAAAGAGGAGUGCCUUCAAAUGACCAUUCUCAGUGUUAAGAAGUGAAAUUAUAUGUGGACUUAGGCAUAGUUCACCCCAAAGGAAAAUUCUGUCAUUUACUCUCUUGCAUGUUGUUUCAAACCCAUGUGAAUUUCUUCCAUGGAACAUAAAAGGAGACGUUAGGCAGAAUGACAGCCCCAAUCACCAUUCACUUUCAUUAUUUGGAAAAAAGAUGCAAUGAAACUGAAUGGUGACUAGGACUACAAUACAUUGCCUUUUGUAUUCCUACAGUUUUUUUAGGGUGAACUAUCCCUUUAAGUGGCCCCAAGAAGUAUUUCAACACUUAACCCACACUUUAAACUGUGUGAAAUUAAUUUAAUUAGAUAUUAAAAUAUCUAACCAAAUGGUAUCUGCGAAUAAAUAAAUUAAUGCAAGACCUUUCCUUAGAACAAAUUAAUUAAGACAACUACUUUUUUGUCUCAAUUUAGAGCACUAUAUCUAAUAAUUAUGAUUUGAUUAAUGGCACUUGGUUCAAUAUUUUGUUAUAUAAUGCAAUUACAUUCAUACAUUUUUAAAUUGUGGCUGAAGUUAGGGAUGCACUGAUAUGAAAAUUUUAGCCAAUACGAUAACGAUAUAUUUACCAAAAUUGCCAAUAAAUCUAAAUCUGGAUAUAAAUCUUUUGUCUGAUUACAAAAACAAAAGGCUCACCUUAUAAAGCCACAUCUGGAGCACUUCUAAUGAAAUAAAUAAUGUAAAGUGGAUUAUUGUUUCAGUUGCAGAAAACAAGAAACCUGCAAGAAACAUCUAAAACUUUUUAAAUUAUUUACUAAAUGUAGCCUAAUUUGAACUAGUUAAAUAAAGAAAUGUUACAUUCCUAUAGCCAACUUCCUUUUAUUUAAAUCUGCAAUUUAAAAUUAAUUUAAUGAGUGAGAUACUUUUAGAAAUACUGUGCAUUGCACUUGAUUCAAACCUGUGGAAAGACAAAACUAAGGAAUGCAAACAAGUCUCAAACUCACUGCAAACACUACAAUAUGCUUUAACAUACAAAAAGAAACAAAAUGCAUGUGACAAAUAAAUACUGUAUAAUGGAGUGUUUACUCAGAUCCAGUAUGAUCCUCUAAAGCAAAGCCAGAAGGCACCAGUCAAAACCCAUAUGAUGAGUAGCAUGUGCCUGAAAAAGACAUAAUUUAUUGGCAUUAAUAUAUCAGCUCAAUUUUCAUAUUCGAUGACGCAUAACUUUAAAAUUCACAUUUAUCAGCCGAGACCGAUAUGGCCGCCGAUAUAUUGUGCAUCCCUAGCUGAAGUGUAAAUAAGUUUUGGGAUGUGUAUGCAUACGUAUGAAGACACACUUCUGAAGAUAACUAUAACAACAGCCGUGUACCUCAAAUUUUCCCAGAAACACUGUCUAUGAUGAAAUCUGAUGUCUUUUAUUUGGAGAUGAGUAUAACCAAUGAGAGCAAAUUGUUGAUGUUCCCUUCUCCUUUUGAAUGUUUUAUAUGUACAGUAUGUGUUCUAAUGCCUGUCAUUUGUGUCUAUUCUUUCAGAUUGUGCAGGAAAUAUAUUCUGCUAUCCCUGUUUUGACUUACAAAAGCAUUGUUGCUCAUUUUAAGCAACUUCAAGGUUAUUUAUUUUCCAACUCAAAUCACAUUGAAUGGUGCCUUAUGAUAUGUCAAUAUUACAGACCUCAUCCUAAUAUACUCUAUAAACAAAGCCUUGAGUGGCUUAACAGGACCAUGUCCAGAGAAACAUGUUUCUCUCAGCUGUCUCUUUUGAUUUCAUACUUUCUUUUCAGUGACCCAGAGACACCCAAAAUGGAAACUGUUGUCAAACAAUGAGCUUUGCAGUUGUUUACAUUUUUUGUUCAGUUGUUAUCCAGGUGCCCUAUUGCAGCCUACUAAACUGUAAGUCUGGAAUGUCAGCAAUGAAAAAGUGCAAUGUAAUGGAUUUGCUGUUAUGCCAAACUAAAAUAAAUGAUG